UUUUAGAUCCAACAAUCAAUGAACCUUACUGCACUCGACGAGCUUGUUGAGCUUCGUGCCAUGGCUGAAGCUGAACUUCUGUGUGCUCAUUAUGAAACAUACACACCCGUUCGUUUUGUGCUCAUCAUGGUUGCAACGGUAAUCGCGUCGCUUGGAACAAUUGGAAAUAUUCUUUUGCUGAUUGUUUUCUCAGCUAAACAGAUAUCAAAUACUCCAGCAACGCUUUACCCGUCCGUUUUAGCUUGUUUGGAUUUUGCAAUAUGCUUCGAAUAUAUCCUUCUGUUCGGCGUUGAUGCUCUUGUGAGCUACUUGAAAAUUGAGAGCUUGUUCUCUCUAUAUUAUGUGUACAUUGUUCCCGCCUACGUGAUGGCUCGAAUCACUCAGCUGGCUAUCCCUUACAUGCUCAUUUUCGCCACACUUGAACGCCUCUUCUGGACGUCUAAGAACAAAAGCAACUUAUUGAAGGCAUUUCAUUCAACUACAGGAAGACAUAUUACUGUCAUUGUAUCACUUAUUAUGUGCAUUUUGUUAAGAUCUCCGAGUGCUUUUGCUAUUAGAGUUGAUGAGUAUCCGAAAUGUCCUGACUUUUUUAGAACAAAAACUACAAAUCCAAGAGAAUGGGCACUUGAAAGCCAGCUCUACCAUUUCUUUGAUUUUCAAGUAAUGACAAUUGCUCAAACACUUGUUCCAUUUGUUUUGCUAGUUGGAUUAAACUUGAUUAUUGUUCGAAGAAUGUGCUCAGAUAGUGUUCAAAAGGAAAAACUACCAGAACCUACGGAAGUUUGUUUCAAGGAAGAUCGGCUACUUACUCAAAUCACUCCAGUUCAUAAGUCAUCUACAACAAUUGGUCUAUCGUUCCCGCCUCUCAAAAGCAUGUCACCAGCGGUUAGAAGUGCUGUAUUUACCAUGGCAGCUAUCGUAACAUCAUAUCUAAUCUCUAACAUUCUUCAUCUCAGCUUGACAGUUCUUGAAAGAUCUGGUCAUCAAAUACUAAAGUCAGAGGAGGAUCCACAAAUGUCUUCCACAUUUCACACAUUCUUCUCCGAUUUGGUUUCAUUCGUUUACAUGUUUACUUCUGCUAUCCGAAUUGUCAUUUACUAUCUGUGUAAUCCAAAGAUCCGUGGAGAUCUUAUCGAUUUCUUUGCCAAUCGUAAAAAUGCCGUUUAUCUUUAAGCUUUGCUUUUCUUGAUUUUUUAAAUAUUAACUUGUUCUUAAUUUAUCGGGUUUGAAUUUUUAGUUUUAAAAUCUCCAUUUAACAGUAUUCCGUUGGCAUUUUCAACUGCGUGGUACUAUCAAAAAUAAACUUGUUUUUUUUCCAAAACACA